UAUAAAAGCAUACUGCGUCGCCCCUCGGAUACGUAGUGUUUUCCCGCGUACCGCACCAGAAAAACUGUCCACCAUGAAGUUCUUCAUUGUCCUGCUCGCUGUUGUAGCGGCCGCUAGCGCUGGAUAUGUCGGUGGACACGGCGGUGGAUAUGGCGGUGGAUACGUCGGUGGAUACGGUGGUGGCCACGCCAUCGCCCAGCCCUGGGUAGCUCCGGCCGCAUUGGUGCACGCUUCAGUGGCGCACAGCCCGGUGGUGCACGCGCCCCAGCCUUGGGUCGCAGCCCAGCCUUGGGUCGCACCCCAGCCUUGGGUCGCGCCCCAGCCUUGGGUCGCGGCCGCGCCGAAACACGUCAAGAUCGCCGCUCCCGCGGCGUACGCCAAGGAGACGUACCACGUGGACAACUCUGGCGGAGGCUCCAGAGGCACCCCGAAUAUCCACGCGCCGCACCCCAAUCCUACAUCCUACAAGGGCAAUGAACAUACAACCAGAAUACACUACAGCGGAUCCAACGGCGGUGGCGGAUCCCAUCCGCAUCUUGUGGCUGUCGAGCACUACGUACCAGCGCCCGAGCCAGCCAUCGGCGUCGUUAAGGCCGGCCACGGCGGCCACGGCUGGUAAAUGUCGAAGCGCGCGACACCUCAUCCAUCCAACAUAGCCCCCGGUCUAGAGUGGUCCAGAGCGCGCGAGUGCCCUUCCGAGGCCUCGGCAUCCACGGCGACGACCAUCGCGACGAUUCGCGAACCGACCCGCCAGCAGGCGAUCCCCCGCGCGACAUCGGCGACUACGGCAGCAGCGGCAUCAGCGGUAGCGGCUCCCGCCCCCUUCUGCUCGCCUCUCCCGUGAUUCGACAGCCUCAGGAUGGACGCACGUCUUGGACCACCCGCGGACCGCAGCAGACCAGGCAGCCUGACUCGAAAAAACAGCAGUCGUCCGCAACUUCUCUUCUUGAUUACCUUCUUAGCGCUACAUAUGACACGCAAUCACAAACACACACAGACACGAAAGACAACAUCCGCGUCCGGCAAUCUAUCACGCGAUCUACCCCCCCGAUCUCGCGUUCACCAUCACCACCACCUGUCAACAAGAGCGAAAAAUUUCCGUGCGGCGUGUGAUACUUGAAGAAGACGUCACGCAACAUCAGACAGAGCGUUUUUACUUCUUGCCCCACCCCCCACCCAUCCCCUGAUUUAUCAUCGUCGGUCUUUUCUCUCAAACAUUCUCUUCGUUUACCCCCCCACAUUCGGACCCCCCGUUCCCGCUCUAUCCGCCUCUCUAUUUCUCCCUCUUUCUUCGUCUUUUUUUUUCUCUUCUUCGUCCGCGGUGCAAUUUAUUUAUUUUCUAAUAAAAGUUGACUUUUACGUCUUGUGAUAAAACCAGA